AUGGUGGGAAGGUCAUUGCCACAAGAGCAAGGAGGUGACUGUCAUCUCUGCUGCAUCCAGGAGGAAGAUCCUGUGCUGGUUGUGAUCACCUACGUGGGACUGAGCCUCUCUCUGCUCUGCCUCUUCCUGGCGGCCCUCACUUUCCUGCUGUGCAAACCCAUCCAGAACACCAGCACCUCCCUCCACCUGCAGCUCUCACUCUGCCUCUUCUUUGCCCACCUGCUCUUCCUCACAACCAUUGAGAGAACUGAAAUCAAGGUCUUGUGUGCUGUCAUCGCAGGUGCCUUACACUAUCUCUACCUGGCCUCCUUCACCUGGAUGCUGCUGGAGGGCCUGCACCUCUUCCUCACUGCACGCAAUCUGAUGGUGGUCAACUAUGCUAGUGUCAACCAGGUUCAUCAAGAAAUUUAUGUUCCCUGUGGGCUAUGGAGUCCCGGCUGUGAUGUGGCCAUUUCCGCAGCAGCCAGGCCUGAUCUUUAUGGAACACCUGCCCGGUAA